AUGGGUCGGGUCAUUAGGGCACAGAGGCGCUCGCAUGCCAUCUUUAAAGCGCACACUCGUCUUAACAAGGCCCCCGCUCGCCUUCGUGCGCUCGACUUUGCGGAACGUAACGGCUACGUUCGUGGAAUCGUGAAGGAGAUCAUCCACGACUCUGGCCGCGGUGCACCCCUCGCCCGAGUCGUUUUCCGUGACCCCUACCGCUACAAACUCCAAAAAGAGACCUUCGUCGCUACCGAAGGCCUCCACACCGGCGCCUUUGUCUACUGUGGCAAGAAGGCCACCCUGGCUGUUGGAAACGUCCUCCCCAUCGGUCAAUGCCCGGAAGGUACCAUUGUCUGCAACGUUGAGGAGAAGGUCGGUGACCGUGGUGCCCUCGCACGUACAUCCGGCAACUACGCAACCGUCAUCGGACACCAGCCUGAUGAGAACAAGACCCGUAUAAGGCUGCCAAGUGGUGCGAAGAAGACUGUCUCUGGGGGCGCUCGUGCAACCGUUGGUAUUGUCGCUGGUGGUGGACGUAUCGACAAGCCUCUCCUCAAGGCCGGCCGGGCAUACCACAAAUACAAGGCUAAGCGUUACAACUGGCCCCGUACUCGUGGUGUUGCUAUGAACCCCGUGGACCAUCCUCAUGGUGGUGGUAACCACCAGCAUAUCGGAAAAGCCUCGACGAUCGCCCGUUCUGCCGUUCCUGGACAGAAAGUCGGUCUCAUUGCUGCUCGUCGGACUGGUCUCCUGCGUGGUACAGUCAAGGUCAAGGAUGUUUAA